AUGCCAGUUGAAAAGAAGAGACCUAGGGGUUUGAAGGGUAGUGCUGUUGCCAAGGCCAACAAAAAGACCAAGACUGAGGAGCAACCUACCAGCACCACAGAGUUACCCGAGAAUGCUCAAACUGUCGUGAUUGAUAAGGUAGUUGAAGAAGGUGAUGAGGUUGGUGAAGCUGCUGCUCUCUUUGAAAGCGCCCUCGAAAAGCUUGAAACCGAUCCUUCUGCUGCUUUACCUUUACUUCGCGGUACUAUCCAUGAGUCAGAUCGUAUUCUGCGCAAUCACGACAGCAAGGAACCUUUGCCUGCUCUCUUUUACUACACCUACGGCGCUGCUCUUUAUGAAUUGGGCCGUUUGACCGAAGACGAGGAAUUUGAACCCUAUUUAGAUGCUGCUGAGGAGAGAUUGAAUGAAGGUUUAGCUCUCAAAGACACCGAGUUGCAUAACAAGAUUCAUUUGGCUCUUGCCAAGAUUUGGCUCGCUAAGGCUGCUAGUGCUGUAUCUGAAGGCGAUCAAAGCAUUCCUGAGUUGUCUCUCAAGGCAUUAAAGAGUUUAGAUGAAGCUCUGGAAUCUUCUGAAAUCCCCUCUAAAACCGUCGUUGAAUUGGCAGAUAUCGUUCAAAACCAUGGUGAUUUGUACGAGAGCCUUGAGUCUCGCUCCAAAUUCAGAAUCUGGGCUGAAGAUGCAUUGGAGAAGGUGUUGAAAGACGAACCAGCCAACGCUGAAGCUUUGUCUGGACUUGGCUAUUGUAAAUUAUCCUUUGCCAACUACUUGUUGGAUAACAUUGAUGAAGCAAACGAGCAAGAGGAAAAGACUGAACUAACAGAGGAUGAGGAGAAGGCCUACAAGGCUAUCCUUGAGAGCAAAAAAUAUUUUGAAAAGGCCAAGGAGGAGCUCGUCAAAGUGAAUAAGGUUUCACCCCAGAUUCUAUCUGAUUUGGCCGAGGCAUACUUGAAUGAAGCCAAUUUGGUCUUGAAGGAAGAGGAACAAUCAGCCAUUUACAAGAAGGCUGUUGAGAACAUCAAGGAAGCCAAUGCUUUGAUUGAAGAAAAGAAGCUUGAGUUCAUCUUGCCCGAAGCAUUAACCUCUUUCUUGGAGGAAUUUGAAGCCGAAGAGUAA